AAAAACUGAAAGACAUUAAAAAAAAAAAAAAAAAAGGGAAGAAAAUUAAUACGACCAAUUGGAAAUUUCGAAUCCGCCGGCUUUGACUCCUUUCCCUCUGACCGGCGAGAUUAAACCACAUCCUUACAUAAAUAAUCCUAAUUAUUAUCUAAUCAUAAACAUAAACAACAAAUAAUUAUGCAAUGAAAGCUGCAAUCAUUCUUCAACCAAAAUGAAUAAUCAUGAGCUCCUCACAAAAGCUCUGUUGUUGAUCACUUUGUGUGGUGUGGCGAAUUCCUCCAACAACAGAGACGCCGCCAUCCUCAUCCGGGUCAAGGACGCCCAGCUCCACGACCCGCUCGGCGCACUCGUCAACUGGGUCGACUCAGCCCCCGACUCGCCAUGCACCUGGACCGGCAUUGCCUGCCAUGCCGGCAACCGCAGCGUCUUCGCCGUCGAUCUCUCUGGUUUCAACAUCUCCGGCAACUUCCCCACCGACUUCUGCCGGAUUUCGUCGCUGCGGUACAUCAACCUAACCGGAAACAGUUUCGGUGGCAGCAUUACUCCCGACACGAUUGCUCUCUGCUCCCACAUUGUAGCCCUCAACCUCUCCUACAACAACUUCGUCGGCAGCCUGCCGGAGUUCCCGGUGCAGUUCUCGAACCUCACGGUGCUGGAUUUCUCCUACAACAAUUUCUCCGGCGAGAUUCCGGCUAGCUUCGUCAAUCUGCCGAGACUGCAGGUCCUCAUACUCGGCUCAAACCUGCUCAACGGAUCGAUACCGGAGUUCCUCUCCAAUCUGACCGAGUUAACUCAUCUCGUGCUGUCUGUGAAUCAGUUCGUUCCGAGCUCGCUGCCUUUCAAUAUCGGACGGCUGGCGAAGCUCGAGUGGUUCGAAUCGAUGUACACAAACCUCAUCGGAGAAAUUCCUGAAUCCAUCGGCGAUCUCGCCUCCAUUAAGAACUUCGACGUGUCGAAUAACAAUCUCGCCGGAAAGAUUCCCAGCACCAUUGGCCGGCUGAAGAACGUAGAGCAAAUCGAAUUGUUCGGCAACCAGUUCUCCAGCGAACUUCCGGAUACAUUCUCCGAUCUCACUUCUUUGCGCCGCUUCGAUGCGUCGGAAAACAAUCUCACAGGGCGAAUUCCAGAAACACUAGCAGGCUUGUUGCAGCUCCAGUCGUUGCAUCUGAAUGACAAUUUCUUAGACGGAGAAAUACCAGAAAUCCUAGCUAAGAAUCCAAACCUCAUCGAGCUAAGACUAUUCAACAACAAUCUGUCAGGCGCAAUACCGGAAUCGUUGGGUAUGAAUUCGGAUUUGGAAGAAAUCGACGUUUCCAACAACAAUUUGGAAGGCUCAUUGCCUCAGAAUUUGUGCAACAGAAAGAAGCUGCAGAGUUUGAUAGUUUUCGGCAACAGGCUUUCCGGCAGAAUACCAGCAUCAUGCGGUGAAUGCAGCAGUUUAACAUACGUAAGAAUUCAAGAAAAUCAGCUAUCUGGAGCCUUACCUGAUGGAUUUUGGGGAUUCAGCCAUCUUCAGUACAUCGACCUCAGCGACAACAUGUUGGAAGGCUCUAUUCCGAGCUCCAUUUCGGCUGCAAAAUCUCUGGAACAGUUGUUGAUAUCCGGCAACAAGUUUUCCGGCACCUUCCCGGCUGAAAUCUGCGGUCUUCAGGAGCUGAGGAAAAUAGAUUCGAGCCGGAACCAGCUUUCCGGCGAGCUGCCUUCCUGUAUUACUGAUAUGGUCAAGUUGCAGGAACUCCACAUUCAAGGUAAUAGGCUCACCGGCGAAAUCCCGAGAGGCGUGUCGUCUUGGGGCGAGUUAACACAGUUGGAUUUAUCCGAAAAUCAAUUUUCCGGUGAAAUCCCGGGUGAGUUGGGCGAUUUGCCGGUGCUAACGUUCUUGAAUCUUUCUAAUAAUUUUCUUUCGGGUGAGAUUCCGGCGGAGCUGACAAAACUGAAGCUCAACGAGUUCAAUGUGUCUAACAAUAGGCUCCGUGGUAGAGUGCCGAUUGCUUUUGAUACAAAGUUUUUUAUGUCAAGUCUUAUGGGAAAUCCGGAUUUAUGCAGUCCGGAUCUUGGGCCUCUGCCUCCUUGCUCGAGGCCGAAGCCCGUGAGCUUGGUCAUGGUGGUGCUUCUCUCAGUUCUCGCAUUCACACUCGUGAUUUCACUAGUUUGGCUCGUCUACAAGACAAAGAAGUCCAUCAUCUUUGGCAGCAGAAGUCGGAAGCCAUGGAAGAUCACUUCGUUCCAGAGGGUUGGGUUCGAGGAGGAGCAAGUUCUGGCCUCCUUGACCGAUGAAAACCUUAUCGGGUCUGGAGGGUCGGGUCAGGUGUACCGGGUCAGGCUGAAGAGCGGGCAGACGGUGGCGGCCAAGAGGUUCUGGCAGCCCAAGGGAGUAGCAGAGGCAGAUGGAAUGUUGAGAGCGGAGGUGGAAACAUUGGGAAGGAUUAGGCAUGGCAACAUUGUCAAACUGCUGUUUAGUUGCGUUGGUGAGGAUUUCAGGGUGCUGGUGUACAAUUAUGUUGAGAAUGGGAGCUUAGGAGAUGUCUUGUACGGAGGAGACGAGGCCGGCUUGGUGCUCGACUGGCCUAAGAGGUUCGCCAUUGCAGUCGGGGCUGCUCAGGGCCUCGCCUAUCUGCACCACGACUGCGUGCCCGCGAUUGUGCACAGGGAUGUCAAACCCAACAACAUAUUGUUGGAUGAGGAGUUCAGACCGAAAGUAGCUGAUUUUGGGCUGGCCAAGACGUUGAAGCAGGGGGAUGAAGCCAUGUCGCGUGUAGCCGGCUCUUACGGCUAUAUUGCACCAGAAUACGGGUACACAGCGAGAGUAACGGAGAAGAGCGACGUGUACAGCUUCGGGGUGGUGCUGCUGGAGCUGAUGACGGGUAAGAGGGCCAAUGAUGUAUCCCUGGGUGAGAACAACAACAUUGUCAAGUGGGUAACGCGAGAAGCAGUGUGGUGUGAUGGGGAAAGCGCGACUGGGAGCACCAGUAUCACUAGUUUGGAUCGGGUGUUGGAUCCACGGAUGGAUGCAUCUUCAGUCGACUACGCAGAGGCUGAGAAGCUUCUUAAUGUGGCCUUAUCUUGCACUGCUGAACUGCCCACCAGCAGGCCCUCCAUGAGACGGGUCGUCGAAUUGCUCAAGGAACAUUCCGCCACUCGUUCCUACUCAAAACAUUCAGCAUCAAAUAAAUAUGAAUACUGUUGAUGGCUUAAACUCAGUAGCUACUCAAUGUAUGAUAUGUUUUCUUCAACUAGCAUAAUGUUUGUUGUCUAUAAGCUUCAUUUUUAUGCUACUGAUGAUUUGAAAUUCUGAAUUUCUGCCAA